CUCUCCUCCUCUCUCCUCCUCUCACCUCCUCUCCUCCUCUCACCUCCUCCGGGGCAGUGGACCGGUACCGAGUGUGAAGAUGGGCCGCUGGCCGCUGUGCUGCUGCCUGUGGAGUCUGGUUCUGAUGAGCCGGGCUCUGGAGCAGGAGGAGCUGCUCCUCUUCGGAGCUGCAGCCGGAGACCAGGAGCUGCCGCCGGGGUCCGACUCCACCGCGGAGCUGCGUCUGGACGGAGAAGUUCUGUUCUUCAAGAAGAGUUACACUCAGGAUGUCUAUAUUAACACCAACGGCUUUGUGUCGCUGGUGGAGCCUCCAGCUGAGAGCGUGUACCUGGGGAAGAUGCCCGCCAGCUUCCCCAUGAUCGCCGUGCUGCUGGGAGACCUGGACAGCAGAGACGGACAGGGGACGGUCUUCUACCGGCAGGACAGAAGCCCGGCGGUCCUGAGUCGAGCCGCUGAGCACAUCACUCAAGCUUUCCCCAGAGACGAAGGAGUGGAGCCCCUCAACGUCCUCGUGGUCACCUGGGUGGACAUGGCUGCUCGGGGGACAUCAGGUCGAGGAGACGGAGUGGACACCAAGAGAAACACAUUCCAGCUGGUUGUGGCCUCCAUGAAGUCCUCCUCCUUUGCCAUCCUCUUAUACCCGACAGACGGCCUGCAGUUCCUCUCCACGUCUGUUGGGGGCGAGAGUAAGCUCCUCGAGGCCGGCUUCAAUGAAGGCAUGGUGCAGGGCUGGUUCCAGAACAGCCAGGGGACGUACUACCAGACGACCACAGACCAGGAGGCCUCCAUCAGGGAACUGACUGAAAAGACAAAUUCUGGACGCAAGGGAGUUUGGGUGUAUGAGAUUGGUCCUUCGCGCUUCUUUGCCACCAUCAUACCAGGACUUGUCCCUGGUCUUCAUGAGGACGAAGGUACAACCGAACCUCCUGUGACGGUGUUGCCAGAUCGACCCGAUGAGCAGCAGGAGGUGGAGGUUUCCACCUACACGACCCAGACGAUGGUGUCAAGUGAAGCAGCAACAGAAGAAAAGGAGGAGCUCCCCACCGAGAGCACCACUGGGUAUCAAACUGGUUCCACAGAGGCUGAAGGCAUCACACCAGAGUUUGUCAAACCAGAACAUGAAGAGCAAUUUCCAGAAUCGGAGACGGUCACAGACAACAGUCCUGAGAGGGUUCAUCCACGUUACCCCGACCAUCCUGAACCAGUCCAACCACGAUACAUCAGUCCUGAACCAGUCGAACCAGUGCCCCCCCAUUCACAGCCCCAGCACCCCCAGGUUGUUGUGGUGGAUGAGGAUGAAGAUCUGGAUGUAAAUGUGUUCUCGUACAAUCUGGAGACUUGUGAACACAACAGACACAAGUGCUCCAAGUUUGCGGAUUGUCGUGAUUACAGUGACGGGUUCUGCUGCCACUGCCGGCCGGGCUUCUACGGCAGCGGGAAGGACUGCGUGGCCGAAGGUAAACCUCAGAGGAUGAACGGGAAGGUCAAAGGUCGAGUGCUGGUCGGGGACUCGCCGGUGGAGCUCAGGAACAACGACCUGCACUCGUACGUGGUGGCCAAUGACGGACGGGCCUACGUGGCCAUCAGCAGCGUCCCCCCCAGCCUGGGCCCGUCCCUGCAGCCGCUGUCCUCCCUGGGGGGGGUCAUCGGCUGGGCCUUCGCCCUGGAGCAGCCGGGCUUCCACAACGGCUUCAGUCUAAUUGGUGGCGUGUUCUCCCGACAGGCGGAGGUGAUCUUCCAGCCUGGAAACGAGCGUCUGAGCAUCAAGCAGCAGUUUGAAGGCGUCGACGCUCACGAGCACCUGGUGGUGAGCACGGAGCUGGAGGGACGGCUCCCCCCCAUCCCACUGGGAGCCUCGGUUCAGAUCAGCCCGUACCAGGAGAUCUACCAGUACGACACAAACUUGAUCACCUCCUCCUCCAACCGCGACUACGCCAUCACCUCCCCCGACGGCACGGUCCAGACCAGGAGCUACCAGUGGCGUCAGACCAUCAGCUUCCAGAGCUGCCCUCACCACCAGGUGACCGGGGCAGCUCCUUCCACCCAGCAGCUCAGCGUGGACCAGAUCUUCGUGAUGUUUGAUGCCGACAACAAUCUGACCCGCUACGCCAUGAGCAACAAGAUCGGCUCGGUCCAGGGAAGUCCUCCGGAGCAGAAUCCAUGUUUCACCGGCCGACACGGCUGUGACAUCAACGCCGUGUGCCGCCCGGAGCCCGGCCUCCGCUUCACCUGUCAGUGUGCCGCCGGCUUCACCGGGGACGGACGCUACUGCCACGAUGUUGACGAGUGCAGGGAGACGUCCAGCAACCAGCCGGGGACCUUCCGCUGUGAGUGUCUCACCGGGUUCAUGUCCGCCAGCGAUGGAAAGACCUGCGUCGAGGAGCAUCGUGCGGUGGAUCACUGUCGGACAGGAAGUCACGACUGUGAUGUCCCCGACCGAGCGUCCUGCAGCUACACCGGGGGCUCGUCCUACGUCUGCUCGUGUCUCCUGGGCUUCGAGGGGGACGGACGCUCGUGUCACGACGUGGACGAGUGUCGGCUGGAGCGUUGCCACGGUGACGCCUUGUGCUCCAACACCCCCGGCUCCUUCACCUGCCAGUGCCGCCCUGGUUUCCAUGGUGAUGGACACCAGUGCAGGCCCGUGUCCUCAGAGCGAGAGAAGACGCAGUGCGAGCGUCAGAGAGACAGCGCCUCCUCCUCCUCCUCCUCCUCCACUGGUUUCUUCUCCUUCUUCCGUCCUCGCCCGGCCGUCGGCCAGUACGUGGCCCAGUGUGACCAGCACGGAGCCUUCGAGGCGUCCCAGUGUCACGCCAGCAUCGGACAGUGUUGGUGUGUGGACGCCGCGGGUCAGGAGAUCCCUGGCACCCGGACCGGAGCCAGCAGCGCUCCCCUGUGUAUUAACCACGCAGUGACUCCUCCCCCUCUGGGUCCCACGCCGCGGCCUGACGUGCAGCCCGUCUCCCCGGGGACACACCUGCUGUUUGCUCAGAGCGGCAGAAUCGAACUGCUUCCUCUGGACGGAUACAGCAUGAGGACAGAGGACGCCAAGCCUCUGCUGCACGUCCCUGACCGGGUGGUGAUCGCCAUCGCCUACGACUGUGUGGACAAGAUGGUUUAUUGGACAGACAUCACAGGCCCAGCCAUCAGCCGGGCCAGUCUGAGCGGUGGAGACGUCACCCCAGUGGUCACUGAAGAGCUGCAGAGUCCUGAGGGCGUGGCCGUCGACCACGUGUCCCGCCUCCUCUUCUGGACGGACUCCAUGAGGGACACGGUGGAGGUGUCACAGCUGGACGGCAGCCAGAGACGAGUCCUGUUCGAUUCCGACCUCGUCAACCCCCGAGCCAUCGUCACCAACCCCCCGUACGGGCGUCUCUACUGGGCGGACUGGGACAGGGACGGACCUAAGAUCGAGACGUCCAACAUGGACGGGACGGAGCGCAGCGUCCUGGUGAAAGACGACCUGGGACUUCCCAACGGUUUGACCUUUGACCUGGACACCCAGCAAGUGUGUUGGGCCGAUGCAGGGACUCAUAAGGUCGAGUGUAUGGAUCCUCAUCGACGAAUCAGGAGACAGAUCGUCGACAGGAUCCAGUUUCCAUUCGCUCUGGUGUCGCUAGGACGGAAACUGUACUACACCGACUGGAGGAGAGAGGCCGUGGUCUCCGUGGACCGUCUCUCGGAGACAGAGACGGACGAGUUCCUGCCACAGAGACGCUCGCGCCUGUACGGCAUCACCGCGGCAACCACACACUGUCCACAAGUUUAUAAUUACUGCGUCAACAACGGCGGCUGCUCUCACCUGUGUCUGCCGCGGCUCGGAGGCUUCAGCUGCCGCUGCCCGGACGCCGGGGACUGUGAGGACAGGACGUCCUGAGUCCCCGAGGACGCUGUGAGGACAGGAAGCUGUGAGGACAGGAAGCUGUGACAGGACGUCCUGAGUCCAGAGAGUCGGGAAGGAGACACAACGCCUUCACUGAAUUUGGGUGUUUUUGAAUUUUCCAACUUGAAAUGAACAUUUUAUUGUUUUGCUUUUUGGUCCCAAAAAACUGUUCAGACCUCACUGACACUGUGAUGUCACACUCUUCAAUGUGAUGUCACACUCUUUUCUAUGAUGUCACACUCUUCAAUGUGAUGUCACACUUUUCACUGUGAUGUCACACUCUUCAAUUUGAUGUCACACUCUUUUCUAUGAUGUCACACUCUUUUCUAUGAUGUCACACUCUUCAAUGUGAUGUCACACUCUUUUCUAUGAUCUCACACUCUUUUCUAUGAUGUCACACUCUUUUCUAUGAUGUCACACUGAUGUCACACGUCAGGGAAGAUCAUUUCUCGUCCUGUUCAAGUUGAAUUCAGAUUUAGUUCCUGAUCUUUUUGUCGUUUUUUUAAUCUGACAAAACAUUUUGACCAGACGACGAUUUUAUGAAAAUGAAAAAACAAUUUGAAAUAAUAUCUUGUUGUAAAAAUCGUGAUUCUGACGACGUUUGUAAGAAUCACAAACGUUUGUUUAUUAAAAACACGUUAAAACAGAAGUCUCGUGUUUUCUUAUCGAGAAACAAACUCUUGAUUAAAGACAAACAAACAAUGUGAUGUCAGCAAAUACAGAAAUAUACGAU